GUUCGAGCAGGAAGUGCUUUUGCGGCUGACGGAACAGCUGGGGUUUGUCGAGAAGCGAAAGCAUUAGACGCCCAGAUCUACUCACUCGAAUGGUAUUAAACCUACUGUUAGUCAACGAUGUCCAUAACUGAGGAUCUUCCGGAGAUGGACGGAACAGACUUGUUGGGUCUGCUGUUCCAGGAUGUGCAGGAUGGAUCUACUGAGCCCUUCUUUCCUGAUGGGAGCGGGCUCAUUGAGUCUUGGCUGUCUGAACAAAACAUGCUGACUGGUAUGGAUACUGAAGACUUUCUGUCCAGCCUACUGGAGGAUGAGGACAACAGCGGUACGUUCUGUCCCUCUCAUUCCCCUUUGGGCAGUGACAGCGGCAUUUCUGAUGACAGCAGCACUGGAGCUGGAAGCAACAACGUUCCAGGAUGCCCCAGUCCCCAUGGCAUUUAUAGUGACGCCGUGCCCAGCCCCAGGUACUCACAGCCCAGUCCUGUGAACUGUGAACCCUGCCGGGCCCCAGAAGAGCUGCACACAGAAAACCUGGCUUUAUUUGUCCAAGCAGACCACAGUUACUCUAUGCUGCAGUUUAGUGGAAAAGACAUGGAUAUCCUGGAGAGUGUGAAGUCCGAGAGGCCAUACACAGACGUCUUUAUUGAUCUGGAUGCUCUGGUGACUGAGGAAAUGAAAGAAGACGUCACCAGUGAGCUGCCUUGUACUUUAGCCAUAGAGAACUCAACAGAUUUCUCAGAAGCCAACAAUGUAGACCAGUUCCAGUUUAAAGAGGUGGUUCUUACUGAGGAAGAGAAACGACUUCUGGCAAAGGACGGUCUCUCUAUUCCCACACACAUGCCCCUUACAAAGGCAGAGGAGAGAACUCUGAAGAGGAUCAGGAGGAAGAUCCACAACAAGCAGUCUGCUCAGGAGAGCCGCAAGAAGAAGAAGGUGUACAUUGAUGGUCUGGAGAACAGGGUUGCCAUCUGUACUGCACACAAUCUGGAAUUACAGAAGAAAGUCCAGUUGCUUCAGAAACAGAACAUUUCCUUGAUAGAGCAGCUGAAGAAGCUACAGGCUGUUGUAAAGAUUUCAACAAUGAAGGCCAGCACCACCAGCACUUGUGUUAUGGUGUUCCUGCUCUCGUUCUGCCUCAUCAUCUUCCCGUCAGUCAAUCCAUUUAGUGGGAACACAGGACAGAAGGAAGUCUAUACACCCUCCUCCAUCUUCUCUCGAACCCUGCGCUCAGUUCCACAGGACAGCUCCUAUGCCAUGCCCUACGUGGAGCCAGAGGAGGGUCUGAUUCCUUUUGCAGGUCAGGCAGCUGUAGAAAACCCCAACGUCAUCUUUGCCGUCAGCCAGAAGAACCACACGCCUGACUUCCAGAGGAUGGAGCAACCCGACUCAGAGACCGGCAUCAACAGCAACUACUCGGCAGACUUCCCAAGUUCUGGUCAGCCCUUGGACAUGAAGCCAGGUGCAGGUGGUGUGUUAGAGGCUCUGCAAGAUGGAUCCAUCGACCCGGUUGCAGCUUCAGCUGUGGCCUAUGAGGUCACCGGCUCCAAGGAUACCUGGAUAGACCGGAACCCUCCUUCUGUCAUAUUACAACAGCAUCACUCUGAUGAAAUGUAACGGGGAUAUAUUAGUCACAGCCAGUAGAGGGAGCCAUAAUCCUACUGGGAAACUUGAACUUGCCUAAGGAUGAAGGGAAAUCAUUGAAACUGUUACUACUGUUAACUUUCUUUGCACUUAAUUCUGUUUCCUCGAAAUUAGCGAUGAAAAGGGAUUUAAAUGUUUUAGCAUCAUCUACUACCUAAAGGAAAAGCAGUUUAAACGCAUGCUCGCAUCGAUAAAAGCCCGAGGUUUAGGAAGGUGAAGUUGAUGGCAUUGGAGAAACAAACACACAACUUCCUCUGACCAUUGCUUUACAAAAAAGUGGUCAAAAAAAGAAAUGACAUUAGAAUCUAGUGGUCUUCAGUGUAAUCUACUCUUUUUAACCCAAAAGUCAUGACAGUAAGUUAUUUUGCACAGCAACAUAGGAAGCAUCCUCUAUUAUAUAGUAGAAAAGAAGCUGCUUGAUCAAAGUUGAUGUUGAUCACCACGUUGUUUAAGACAUUGCAGGACAUUUGGCCGUUUAGAAGAAUUGUAGUUUGUUUGCUGUUCCCUUGUAACAAGGGUAUCCAUGCACCUUUUUAUUAUUUUAUUUUAUUUUUGUUUUCUACAUUAUUGUUAGAAAAUUGUAAAUACAUUUAUUCAAUCUUUACAAUAUAUUUAUUAUAUUAAGUUUCCAUAUCAA